GAGCUAAAAUUUUAGACCUAAAAAACAAACAAAACCACCUUUCGUUUUCUCUCUCCAAAAUUCAAAAACCUUGAAAAAACUCAACAAUGGCGAUCGCCGCCAUGUCGUUUUCCCUCUCCUCUUCACCUUCCAACCUCAACCUUCACCAUCGCCGGAAUCUCUCUCCUCCGCUUCUUCCUUCGCCAUUAACGCUUUCUUUCUCCUCCAAACAACUCACUCCUCUUUCCGUCUCCUCUAACCUCCUCCGUCGUUCUCCUUCUCACAUUCGCCGACUUCUCCCUCUCAGUUACUCCGGCGGUGAUUCCGGAGACGGCGGAAUCUCCGGAGGCGGCGGUGGUGGUGGUGGAGGUGGUGAUGACGAUGAUUCUGGUGAUAGUAAGAACAAGAAGGAUGCAUUUUUGGUGUUAUCGGAGAUCGGACGAUCGGUUGAUAGUUUGCCGAAGGAUUUGGCGACUGCGAUUGAAGAAGGUAGGAUUCCGGUGGAGAUUGUGAGGAAGUAUCUAGAACUCGAGAAAUCGGCGUUUUUGCGAUGGUUGCUUCAAUUCGGAGGGUUUAGAGAAAGAUUGUUGGCUGAUGAUCUGUUUUUGGCCAAAGUUGGUAUGGAAUGUGGUGUUGGUGUCUUCACUAAGACUGCUGCAGAAUAUGAGAAGAGAAAGGAGAAUUUCUUCAACGAAUUGGAAGUUGUUUUUGCAGAUGUGGUUAUGGCCGUCAUUGCGGAUUUCAUGCUCGUCUAUCUUCCUGCUCCAACUGUAGCCCUCCGGCAACCUCUUGCAUUGAAUGCUGGAGCUAUUACGAAGUUCUUCCACAGCUGUCCUGAUAAUGCUUUCCAGAUUGCUCUUGGUGGUGCUUCGUAUUCAUUUAUACAAAGGAUGGGGGCUAUUGUGCGUAAUGGGGCAAAGCUUUUUGCUGUCGGCACUACAUCCUCUUUGGUUGGUACAACCAUAACGAAUGCAGUGAUCAACGCACGUAAAGCUGUUGAUAAGUCAGCUGCUGAUGAAGUAGAGACUGUUCCUAUACUAUCCACCAGUGUGGGUUAUGGUGUGUAUAUGGCAGUUUCAAGCAACCUGAGGUAUCAAUUUUUAGCUGGUAUUGUUGAACAACGGAUACUGGAACCCAUGUUCCACAACCAGAAACUUGUGCUAAGUGCUCUUUGUUUUGCUGUACGAACUGGCAACACAUUCUUGGGUUCAUUAUUGUGGGUUGACUAUGCACGCUGGAUUGGAAUUCAGAAAGCUCAUGAUGAAAAUCAUGCUUAGGAGUAGAUUCGCUUUGUAUUUCCAUCACACAGAACGUAGAUCAACUGAUUUGUCAUACAAGAGGUUGGUGCCUAAUGUUACAAUGUUGGGUUUAAUCUGCAUACGGGAAUGGAGCUAGUUGCAUAUGUUGAUAUACCCUUUUUGUUGUCCUCUCUAUGUAGUUGUAUUUUUCCACAUUGAUGGCUUGAAAGUGAGGUUCUCUAGAAGACUAUAUAUAUUUAUAAGGUAGGUCGAAUGGCAAUUGCUGUUACAUUUUCAUUUCGGGGCCAGGAAGGGAGAUCUUUCCUUUUGCUUCGCGCUAGAUGGUUCAUUGGGACUUGACAAGAAUCACCAACAGUGUUCAAAGCUGCCUCUUGAUUCAAAAAUUAAUUCAGUUAUGCGUUUGAUUUGAGCUGUGAGCAAUUUCAACAGACUUUGAAGAUGCCUUUUAGUUUAUUAUGUCAAUUAUGCAUUAGCUGAGCAAUUUUCUCCUUUCUAUUUUCUGUUUAAGGGAGGGGAAUACCUAAAUGCAAUUGUGUUAUAUAUGAUGAUGAUAUGUUAAUAUUCAAAAUUUGCCAAUAAUGUUCAGGAUGUUUAUGAUAUUUUUGUGAUAUGGAUGUGUUUUGAGGAUCA